UAUUCAUUGUCAAUAGUUUUUUCUUUUGUGUGUGUGUGCGUUUGGAGACCAAAUCAUCAUCGCCAUCAAUUAGCAUCUGUGAAAAAAGGACAAAUAAAAAAAAGAAAUAAAAAUGUUUUCGUGGAUCAAUUCAAAUUCAAAUCGUAAAAAAAAUUCCGAACUAUAUGAAUCCGUUGUUGAAGGCCUUAAACGAAUAUACAAGACCAAAAUUUACCCGUUGGAAGAACAAUAUUUAUUCCAUGAAUUUCAUUCACCACCGUUCGAAGAUGCCGAUUUUGAUGCCAAACCAAUGGUAUUAUUGGUAGGUCAAUAUUCUACCGGUAAAACUACAUUUAUUCGAUAUCUAUUGGAACGUGAUUUUCCCGGUAUCCGUAUCGGGCCUGAACCAACCACUGAUCGUUUCAUAGCCGUAAUGUAUGGUGACCAAGAAGGAAUCAUUCCUGGUAAUGCAUUGGUUGUUGAUCCUAAAAAGCAAUUCCGUCCAUUAGCCAAAUUUGGCAAUGCUUUCCUGAAUCGUCUUCAAUGUUCCAGCGUUAAUUCGCCAAUACUUCAACAGAUAACUAUUAUUGAUACUCCUGGUAUUUUAUCCGGUGAAAAACAACGUGUAGAUCGUGGUUAUGAUUUUACCGGUGUACUUGAAUGGUUUGCCGAACGUGUUGAUCGAAUUAUUUUAUUGUUCGAUGCUCACAAAUUGGAUAUUUCUGAUGAAUUUCGACGCAGUAUUGAAGCCUUACGUGGACAUGAUGACAAAAUUCGAAUCGUUCUAAACAAAGCUGACAUGAUUGAUCAACAACAAUUGAUGCGUGUUUAUGGUGCUUUGAUGUGGUCAUUGGGAAAAGUUUUAAACACACCCGAAGUAGCACGAGUUUACAUCGGAUCAUUCUGGGACCAACCUCUACAAUUUAUACAAAAUCGAAAAUUAUUCGAAGCAGAAGAGCAGGACUUGUUUAGCGACAUUACAUCAUUACCGAGAAAUGCAGCGCUACGUAAAUUAAAUGAUCUAAUCAAACGGGCGCGUUUAGCUAAGGUCCAUGCAUACAUUAUCAGUGCGCUGCGAAAAGAAAUGCCCAGUAUGUUCGGAAAGGACAGUAAAAAGAAAGAAUUAAUCAAAAAUUUGGGCAACAUUUAUCUCGAUAUUGAACGUGAAUAUGGUGUACCAGCAGGUGAUUUUCCCGAUCUACAGGAAAUGCAAGAAAAAUUGUUGCAUCAUGAUUUUAUCAAAUUUCCGCCAUUGAAGAAACCACUACUGGAUUCAGUAGACAGAAUGUUGGCCGAAGAUAUUGCCAAAUUAAUGGCUCUCAUACCACAGGAACAAUUGGAUCACAAAGAAGAAACUCAAGUCAAAGGUGGUGCUUUCAAUAGUGUUGCUGAAUCGCCAUUCGGAUAUAAACGUGGUGAAGGUGUUGAUGCUGGUUCAAUGGAACCUAGCCAUGUUUGGAUUGUUGAUAAAGAUAAGCCGAAAUAUGAUGAAAUAUUCAAUAAUUUGAAUCCAAUUGAUAAUAAGAUAACUGGCGCAGCGGCCAAAACCGAAAUGAUCAAAUCGAAUCUACCAAAUACGAUAUUGAGCCGAAUAUGGAAACUAUCCGAUUUGGACAAAGAUGGCAUGUUAGAUUCGGAAGAAUUUGCUUUGGCCAUGCAUUUGAUGCAAAUCAAAUUGAAUGGCCAUGAUUUGCCACAAGAACUGCCCAGACAUUUGAUUCCGCCAAAUCGUCGUAAAUGAUUUUUUUUAUAUUGCAAGAUUGAAUCAACGUUUUUACGCACGAAUUAGAAUAAAAUCUUUAGCCUACA